AUGGUGCAUCUCACGACAAUGGUCCUCCCAACUGGAACGGAUUCACCGCAGUCCAAGCAGAUUGUCAUUCGAAACACAACGAAGCAGGAUAUUGUGCUUAAGAUAAAAUCUGAUGCACCCCGGGCGCUGCAGUUUGAGGCCGAGAAAAUUGUAGUCGAUUCGAGGAAAUACGUUAUUGUCAACAUGAUCUUCCACGAGAAAGAGCUCUCCGCAUAUCCUAAGGGCGCGUCGUCAAUGAUUUAUGUAUAUGCGAGGCCAGUGACGAAAUACAAUCAAGAGUGUCUACGACGAUGGCUGACUAUUGACAACUGUGAGAGUAGUUCUCAGCUAGCAUUCGCAAUUCAACUGCAGAUCACUAGCUCGGAAUUUUCAGCUAGUAAGCUGAUUCUGGACUUGCCUGGCCAUGCUUCGCUUAUCGACCCAAUCCCUAACGCCAUCGCUGCCAAUGUCGACAGUGACUGUGUGACCGGAAUAAACAUCGAUGCAGACACCAACACCGCCAACGUCCUCGAAGACAAGGACUUCAGAUAUGCUCUGCGCAUUCAGGAAGAGAGCAACUCAAGGCACGUUUUUUAG